AUGAGGCUCGAUAAGCCUACAAUGCUCGAUAUGUCUAUGACAAGGAGGGUGCAGGCCGCUCCUACGACGCUGGAUGCGCAGCAUUCAGCCGCGACCACGUGGGUGCUUGACUCCCUCCUCGACAUGGGUGCUCGACACCCCUCCUGGAAGUGGGUUCUCGCCUUCCCUCCUCUAUGUGGUGUUAGCUCGAUCCCCACCCUUGACGCGGAUGCUCGACCGCCCGCCCCUCGCCUUGCGCGCUUGAACGCCCCUCCUCGAAGCGGGUGCCCGAUGCGCCUCCUGAAGUGGUCGCUCGACUCCCCCUCUCCUCGACGUGGAGUGCGCGACCGCCUCUCCUCAACGUGGUCGCGCGACCACCCCUCGCCGACAGUGUGCCUUCGACUUCCCUCCCGGAAGUGGGUGCUCGGCCCUCCCUUGAAGCGGGUGCUCGACUCCCCUCCUCGUGCGCGACUGCCCUUUGUCGCCGAGGGUGCUCCAUUCCCCCCUGAAGUAGGGUGCUCGAUGCCCCUCCUCGGAGUGGACGCGCAACCGCCCCUCGACAUGGGCACUCGACGCCCCCUCCUCGACGUGGGUGCUCGGCUUCCACCCCUCGAGGUGCUCGCUCGACGCCCAACUUCCUCCAUGUGA